AUGGAAAACUUACAUCCUGCAGAGGAAAUUGUUAGAAACAUACUUGACAAUAUUGAGUAACAUCAUAAGUUUAUAGAUUUUGUUAAUGCUAAUUCGAAUAAAUAAAAAUAAGGGAUUUGGAUUAAGUAAUAUCAUAAAGGAGAAGAAAUCAAACCAAUUACUGAAAAUAAUAUUAGAAUUGUAGAAUUACAAAAUGAAUAUAUUCCUAUUAAAUAACAGUUCCAUCAUAUUAUGGUUCAUAAAUAAUUUGUACCUAAUCUCUGUGGUUAUCACGCUACAUAUAAUCUGAUAUAAUGUGUUUAGAGUAUCAAAUAUAAGUAAACAUAUUAUUAUAUUCUUAGAAUUUCACCAUAGUUUUACGAUAUAGCAGCAUUUUGGUCCUAUGUUCGUAGAACCUAAGAUUUUUUAAAAUAAUAUAGAGACUAAAGAGGUUUAGAUGGUUCAGUUUGGCCAUGGAGAAAUGAAGAUAUAGAAAAAGGAGAUUUUGAAAGAACAUAUUUAAAAUGUUGUUUAGAAUCUAAACCACUUUUUAAAUAAACUUUUUCAAAUGAAGUCUUUGAUGGAAUCAAAUAUAUUAUUACUAAUGAUACGAUAUUUUAUUAAUAUGGUAAUAUUGUAAAUGGAUACAAUGAACGUUUGUCUUUAUAAAAGUAAUAGUAUAUGUUUAUAAUUUAGAAAAUUCAAUUUAUUUUAAGAGUUUAGACCAACCUAGAAUGAUGAAAUGAUUUAAACAUAUAUGCUUGGUGUUACUAAUCAUUGGAUUUCCUUUGUUGCAAUAAAAAAUAUGAAAGGAACUCAAUUUAUUGUAAUGGAUUCUAGAAAUCGAGAUUUCUUUCUAUGGAAUUAAUAAUAAAUCAAAGAGUUUUUAUAGUAAGAUUAAUUAGAUCGUCCUAAAAGAGGAUAAAAACCAUUAAAUCAAUUUUAUUUGGAUCUUUAUGAAUAAGGAAUGAAGGAUCUAUAAUAAUUAAUUACUCUUUUAAUAUCAUGGUUAACAGGAUAAUCAAAAUUAGAAGCUUAUGUGAGUAAUUAAAAAAUUCUAGUUUUUUUGAAUCCUUUAAUUGAACUACUUGAAAUCUCUUAAGAGGAAUAUAUCAAUCUCAAAUUUACUAAUGAAAAAGCUGAUGAACUCUAUUAAAUAUUGGCUUUAUGGUCAGAUUAAUAUAGAAUAACAGUGAGAGAAUAUAUAGGAAAUGUAACAUAAAUCACAUAAUUAAAUAAAAUACUAUUUCUAAAGGCUUUGGAAUUGGCAAAGUGUGCAUUGAAUUAUUAAACAAAAAGAGGAUUGUGGAAUUAAUAAAAAUAAUCAUCUCUACAUAGAAUGCUAGAAUAUUUAUAAUUAGUGUAUAAAUCUUUAUGA